AUGUGGCACCAGUGUCGAAAACUGACGCCGCGUUUCAUGAGCCACUCGGCUCGUGUUUCGCGCGCCAUGCUCCAGCUGGACAGCGUCAGCAUGUCCCGCUCCCUUCACAUGUCUCCCGAGCUCCUCGCCAAGAUCAUCGAGUGUCCCGCUUUUGCCGACUCAAUCUCCGAAGGUGACAUUUCCUGGAUCAAGGAGGUCGGUGAUUCUGUGCAGCCAGAUGAAACUGUUGGCGAAGUCGAAACCGAUAAGACCUCUUUGCCUAUCAAUGCCCCUACUGCAGGUGUUGUUACCAAGCUCCUCGUUGAAGAUGGAGAAACUGUCACCCCCGGAACUCCUCUUUUUGAAAUGGAAGAAGGCGAAGGUGCUCCAGCUCCUAAGAAAGAAGCUGCUCCAGCAAAGAAAGAAGAAGCUCCCGCCGCCGCUGCUCCCGUAGCUGCACCUAUCCCAACCGCCGCCCCAACUCCAUCUGCUGUCCCAACCGCGCCUGUUUCUACCACCAAGACCGCCGAUGUUAAGCCCACUCCCGCUGCCGAAGCCCCUGCUGCUGGAGGAAACCGAGGAGAACGACGAGUUAAGAUGAACCGAAUGCGACUUCGAAUUGCUCAGCGACUCAAGUCCGCCCAGAACACUGCUGCUAUGCUCACUACUUUCAACGAAAUUGACAUGUCUGGUAUUAUGGCGAUGCGAAAGGAAUACAAGGAUCUGUUCGAAAAGGAGCACGAUUCUCGACUCGGCUUCAUGUCCGCUUUCAUCAAGGCUUCGUCCGUCGGCCUAGUCAAGGAGCCAGCAAUCAACGCUGUCAUCGACGAUGCUACCAACGAAAUAAUCUUCCGCGACUACACCGACAUCUCCUUCGCCGCCGCUACUCCCAAGGGCCUUGUUGUCCCCGUCAUCCGAAACGUGGAAUCCAUGUCUCUCCUCGACAUUGAACGAGAACUCGCCCGACUCUCCGGCCUCGCAAGAGCUGGAAACCUCGCUAUUGAAGACAUGGAAGGCGGCACUUUCACCAUCUCCAACGGUGGCGUCUUUGGCUCCCUCUUCGGAACGCCCAUCAUCAACCCUCCUCAGUCCGGCAUUCUCGGCAUGCACGGUGUCUUUGAUAGACCCGUCGCUGUCAACGGCAAAGUUGAGAUUCGACCAAUGAUGUAUGUCGCCCUUACUUACGACCACAGACUGGUCGAUGGCCGUGAAGCCGUCACCUUCCUCAAGGGCAUCAAGCAAAAGAUCGAAGACCCACGACGACUGUUGCUCGACUUGUAA